AUGCGCGUCUCACCUAUACCAAUAUGUUUAACAAGCCGUGGUUCUAUUCUAACCGUAACUGAUUCUACUCUAAUUUAUGCACCAGUAUAUCCAGACGGACGGGUGUGCAUAUCCAUCCUACACCCACCAGGCGACGAUCCGAUGGGUUACGAACUCAGUAGUGAACGUUGGUCACCCGUGCAGUCGGUAGAGAAAAUACUGCUGAGUGUCGUGAGCAUGUUGUCGGAGCCCAAUGACGAGAGUGGUGCUAAUAUUGAUGCAUCGGUAGGUGACCGUUUACGCGUUCGUUGCCAUGUCAACCGUUUUGUAUGUGAUUUUAGCGUGGCGAUGAAAUUCGUACGAGCAUAG